CAUAUAAUUAUAUUUUAGUUGCCCUUCUAUUUUUCAGCAGUUUCUGAGAAAAAUGGAAUUAAUACCAUUGAUAGUAUUUUUCAUAGUAAUUGUUGUGAUACUUAUCGUGGGUACAUGUUGCUGCUUCUAUUGUUAUGAAAGAGGGCUUAGACAAGCUAAAAAAUUUAACCAAGAGAAUUUUCGCCUACAAGAAACAAUCCAUUGCCGAUGUCAAAAUAUUGUAACUGACAAAGAACACAGUUAUGAAAUACCCUGCCCACCAACUUGUAAACCCUCACAAGAAACAACUUGUUACCAAUGUCACAAUAAUAAAACUGACGAGGAGCACAGCUAUGAAAAACCUUGCCGACCAUCUAAUGAAGCCUCAGAGACAAAUGGAGCAGAGUCUACAGCGUAUGAAGAGAUUAAGAAAAAGAAGUUUGAAGGGGUUGAUAGUAAGAAAAUUGGUGAAGAGAUGUAAUUAACAAUUGUGUGUAAACAAUGCCCUCUUCCGUCAAUGAAAACUGAAAACUAAAUGUAAGCUUAAACAAGCAAUUAUUACAACGGGCAAAGGGAUAACAGUCCAUGACAGUUUUUCCAGAGAAAACAUAUA